AUGAAAAACGAAACAUCACAAGACAAAGAAGUUAACCAUGAAGAUCUUUUGUGUCCAAUCACACAUGAAAUUUAUCGAGAUCCAGUUAAAGCGGCUGAUGGCUUUGUUUAUGAGCGUGCUGCAAUCACAAGAUGGAUCCUUCAGAAAGGUACAAGUCCAUUUACUCGACAACCAUUAAAAAUUGAUGAACUGAAACCCGAUGAUAAACUUAGGCAUCUCGCUCGUCGUCGACGACAUUCAAUAGUCAGCUAUGAUGCACAUAACAGCACUAUUUCUCUACCACCUCUUCGACGAGUACCCAGAUCUGUUUCCCAAGUCGCUCCAAUAACAACUCUCGUUCAUACAUAUAGAGCCACAGUCAUAUCGAAAAUGCUCAUCUUUCGAAUCGUAUUGGUUAUUAUUGCUAUUAGUAUUACCAUUGGUCCAAUAGUUGGAAUGACUCUAGGUAUGUAGCCAUAGUUUCAGUACUUAUAAAGUUAAGUUAUUAGUUACAGUCACAGAAUAGUGAACCAUAUAUCUAUGGAUGAAUUGUAAAGAACUAAUGCUAUGUUUGCUUUGGAACAAUUAGGUUCAAUUAAAUACGAUAAAAUCGUAUUUUUACCCGUUAAAAUGUGUUCUUUUUACGCAUUCAAAAAACUUAUUUUUGUUUUUGAAAAAGGAAGCGAGUCUAAAAACAAUGAUGUCCACAAGUUUGCUUUUUUUAAAAAUAAAAAUCGUUUUUUUGUCGAUUUAAAGCGUCAAAAGCACAAAUUUUAACACAUAACAAUAUGCUUGUAUCUAACUGAGUACCUACAACAGUGAAGUGAUCAUGGACUAAACCCCCCCCCCCCCCCCCCCCCCCCCCCCCCCCGCCGACCACAACAAUCCCCCGCCCAACUCCUAUUUUUUCUUACUCUCCUCCCUCGUCCAUCGCU